ACACGCGAGGCUGGUAUGCAGUACUAUAAACAUUAGAUAAUAACACAAAUAUAAAUGUAUUUAUAAAUGUAAAUACAUACAAUAAUUAUCCAAAAUUAAAAAAAAAGUAUAUAAAUAUAUAUAUAUUGCGUCAUAUUUCGCGUAGUAUACAAACAAAAUAAACAUAAGAACUUAGUGAAGAGCUUUGAUAUAUUAUCAAUAUGUACAGCUUGUUUCAAAUCAUAGUAGCGCAGCUCGUUUGUCGCUUUGGGAUAGCUGCCUCAGUAUAAAUUAGUAUUUAUUUGUUUUCGGCGUGAGUGUACAUAAAUAAACUCUGAAAAAAUUCGGAGCUAUUCAGAAUAUAUAAAGCAGCAAUUUCUUAGUCUAAACAACUAUGAGUUACUUACAGUUAAUAGUACUCUUAGUUCUAUUAUCUUUUAAGCCGGCAUCUGCCGGUCGACCUCAAACUGAUACCGUGUAUCUCGCUGUCGGCACUUCAAUUGAUAUAACCGCAAACAGCUACGGAAACAAUGUGCUGCGAACAUUCUGUUAUCCGGGUAAGCCUCGCUCACUAUUCAGCCUAUUUGAGACGGUGGAACUGGUGCUCUCAAUAGCCAACGAUGACUACUCCGAAUAUGGCGGGCGAACCCCCGAAGAAGUCCUUGAGCAUUACACUGAAAAGCGUUCGUUGUUCAGCUUCACGCUCUUCUCACAGAAGCGCCAAAACAUCCAGUUAUCGCCAUUCGAACAACAAUGUAUCGGCGUUUCCUCCAAGCAGCCGUACAAUAUAAGCCUCAAACACGCACAGCUGGAUAUAUGGCGCCUCCUACAAUUGUCUCUCGGCAUUGCAGUGUUCUGGAGUGCGGGCCGCUUGGCCAAGAACAGCCUCUUUUAUUAUAUGGCGGGCAUGGUGCUCGGGAUAUGCGCCUCGCUGUUGGUCAUCAUUGCCGUUACGUCGAAACUUUUUCCUCGCCGUCCAAUGAUGUACGGCGUACUAAUCGGAGGGUGGACCAUCGGCCUUUACAUUCUCAAACAACUAUCGGACAACAUACGAGUCAUAUUAAUCACCUAUCGCGAAUAUGUGCUUUGGUAUCUGGUGAUUACUGGCUUAAUAUCGUUUCUCGUCUGCUAUCGCAUCGGACCGCCCAGGAAUCCGCGCUCGCAAAAUAUUAUUAUGUGGGUGCUACAGGCAGUUGGCUCUGCCAUCGUCUACUUCAGCAGCUGGCACACUAGUGCGUGCGUCGUCCUCCUGGUGCUCGUCUGCUCGGCCCAUUAUUGUCCGAAUUCGGUGUUGCAGUACGUGCGCAGUUUCUACAAGCGACGCUUUCCGCCCAAACGUCGCCUACUCACCCAGGAGGAGUACUAUGAGCAGGCCGUGACUGAGACAGCCCGCUCCCUGGCCGAGCUGCGCGACUACGUGAACAGCCCGAAUUGCCGCCAAUGGAGUGUUAUCAGCGCCCUACGUGACCCAAUGCGCUUUGCCUCCUUUGCCAACGGUGCUCCGCAUUUGUUUGAUGAAGAAAUCGAGGACUACUCCCGAACCAUUGAGGACUCUCUGGAAGGUGCUGACGAGGAAGAGGCCUUUGAUUUUUUGCAAUCCAGCAUGUACUAUCGACCCACCGGCAGGCUUCGAAAUGCGCAACGCACUUCGUCCAGUCCGGCCUCAUAUCCGAGACGUGCCCCGUCCCAUGGCAGGCAGCUAGGCAACAACAAUGUGAACGCACGCAACGAUUACGAGGACGACGACGAUGAUGAUGAAUUUAUGGACUAGGAGUAUACAAACAUCAUAAGAUAAGGCUUUAUAUGAUAUAUUUUUAGAAAUUUUUUUUGUCUAAUCGAUGCCAAAAGAUAAAUUGUUUUUAAGCCCUACCUAAUUUUAGCUAUAGGUCGUAAACGGACUGUAUAUAUGUAUUUGUUUGGCCCAUGUAAAUUUGGAAGACUUUAAAUGUACGUCUAUAUUUUUAUUUUGUAAAAGUCUUAAGACUUAAGACUCGCUAGUUUUUAAUUAUUUAUGUAUGUAAGUGUAGGAGCUCUAGGUCUGAUAUCAUUUGUCCCGAUAAUUUUAAAUUUGAUCCAUUUGUAAAAAAUUGCAUUUAUAUUUUAUAUUCAAAUUAACUUAAUCUUAAAUAAAUAUUAAGUGAAAAUGUCUCUCUAUUCCAUAAGGUAAGCUUAAACAGCCAUUUGUAAAACUCUCGAAAACCAAAUCUUUUCCUGCCGAAAAAAUAAAAAUUACUUUUAUAAAUA